GAUGAACUGCCCUCCAUGAAUGAUAACUGCACAAUGUACAAAUGCUCAUUAAUCAAUGAUCAGUUCGUCACCACUGUCUCCCAAACCUCUUGCCCCUCAUUAAAUGAAGAAGACUGUGAGCCUGGAAGCAUUCAACAUAAUGGAUGCUGUAAAACAUGUAUCCAAAAGAAGAGCUCCUGCAAGCUACAGGCAGUUGAUGAUUACUUGACCUACCAAGGGUGCACAUCAGUGACAAGGGUCAGAAUGUCUCGCUGUGAAGGAUCUUGUGGAACCUUUUCAAUGUACUCUUCUGAAGAAAAUACUAUGUCCAAAAAAUGUUCUUGCUGCCAAGAGGUUCAAACUGCAAGAAAUAAAGUCACCCUGAGGUGCCCUGAUGGAACAAUAAUUGAUCAUGAGUACAUUGAUGUGCAGGAGUGCAAGUGUACUGGCACCAAAUGUCAUGAUGGAAACGUCUAGUCUAAACAUUUAAAUCUUUCAGGAGGUAGUCUAA